AUGGGGAUUGAAAGAAGUACCGUCAGCAGAACAUUUUCAAGUGUAUUGGAUAAAAUAGUGUCGAAGUCUGAAGAUUGGAUUAAAUUUCCACGCACUAUUGAAGAUAUGGAUCAGGCCAAUGCAGAUUGGGCUUCAAAAUUUCGCAUUCCGACUGUCAUUGGUGCUAUAGAUUGCACUCACGUGCAUAUUAUCAAACCUUCGGAAUUCGGCGACGAUGUGGAUGCUCAAUGGCCAGGGAGUGUACAUGAUGGCAGGAUUUGGCGAGUGAGUGGAAUUCAGGACGUGGUGCGCCGAUACGAUGGUGAUGUUUGUCUCCUUGGUGAUAGCGGAUAUGGAAUUACUCCUUGGUUACUGACUCCUUUUGACGAACCAAGAAAUGCUCGUGAGCGGAAUUACAAUUCGACCCGUGCUCAGGAAAGAGUAAUAAUUGAACGAGUUUUUGGCCAGAUGGAACGUCGUUUUCUCAUACUCUCGAGCCAAAUUAGAAUAGCAGUCGAAAAUGUUCCCAAUUUAGUAAUAAGUUGUGCAAUGCUUCACAAUGUAGCAAAACAUUUGAAUGAUGCUUGGGAAGAGGAAGACGGAAUCGAAAAUGGUGUGGCUGAAGAAAAUGUACCUCUAUACAAUUUAGAUCGGAAUGAAGUUAUAAAUAAACGACGUGAUCAGCAAAAACGAUUAGAAAUUAGUUCAACUCCGUUAUCAUCAGUUGUUCACGUUCAGCCUGAAGUCUUGUUAGCUUAA